UACCCUCUGCGGGAAUGCAUAUAUAAAAGCAAGGCAGGACGGACAGACAGCGUCCCAUUCCUCAUUCCUUCCUCAAUUCCUGCACACCUUGUAGAAAAAUGGCUCAUUCCCUUGCCAUAGAAGAGUUUGAGGCGCUCACACGAGCUUUCUCAGGAUUUGGCGUGGACGAGAAAUCCAUAGUCACUGUAUUAUCAAAAUGGCACCCCGAACAGCGGAAGUCAUUCCGGAAGAGCUGCCCCCAAUUUUUCAAAGAGGAUGAUCGGUUUUUUGAGAGGUGGGAAGAUUAUCACAUCAAUAUAUUGGAAAGGGAAUUUGCCCGAUUUAAGAAAGCCACGAUACUAUGCACUUUGCAUCCAUCGGAAAGAGACGCUCGCUUGGCUUAUGAAGUCAUACACAAGGGCCAGCCAUCGGGCAUCCUUAUAGAGAUCGCUUGCACCCGAUCAUCCGAAGAGCUCUUGGGUGCAAGGAGGGCAUAUCAUUCCCUUUUCAACCACUCUAUUGAGGAAGACGUUGCUUAUCAUGCCAGCGGAGCCAACCGAAGUCUCUUGGUUGCAUUGGUGAGCUCUUAUAGAUAUGAGGGAACAUGGGUGAAUGCAGAGAUUGCGAGAUCAGAGGCCAAGACCCUCGGUAAGGCUAUUAAGGAAGCAAGCAAGAAGAAGCUCAUCGAAAAUGAAGAUGUGGUAAGGAUUCUAUCUACAAGAAGCAAGUUACAGCUCAAAGUUACCUUCGACGAGUACGAGGAGAUGUUUGGGGAGGCCAUCGACAAGGAUCUAGAGGAUGAAUUGAGCUUACAAGAGACAGUCCAAUGCCUGAGCUCUCCUCCGAAGUAUUUCAGCAAGACACUGGACAUGGCUUUAAAGGGUGGUGUGAGUGAGAGCACGAAAGAAGCACUCACCCGAGUGAUUGUGACCCGCGCCGACAUUGACAUGAAGGAGAUCAAAGAAGAGUACCAAAAGGUCUAUGGAGUUCCCCUUGCCUUCAAAAUCGAAGAGGCAACAUGUGGGAACUAUAGGGACUUCUUGCUUGCUUUGGCUGGAAGAUCAAACUAACAGGGCACCUUCAUCUGCUUACUUUGAAAAAUCAUGUUCUAAGUCCCGAAAAUCCUUGCUUUACCGGUUCUUGUUCUACGGUCGAUGUUACAGUGACAUGCCUUUGUUUUGGUUGUGGAUGGUGGUAUUGUAUGGGUGACAUUUAAGGCUAUGUUCUAUUUCAAUAAUAUAUCACCAUCAUCAUACAG